AGGGGACAAAUCUGUAGGGAACAGAGGGAAAGCCUAAAUGUACCUUCAUAAAAGUAUUUCUUAAAAUUUAUUAUUUACCUGCUAUGCGCUAAGCAUUGUGCUACUGAAUAUGCUGUGUUAUAGAGGAAGCAGCCUUGAAUUUGGAAUGAGAAAAAUUGUUUAAAACUAUUUACUUAUCACUUGGGGUAAUUUAACCUGAGUGUCAUUUUCUUAUUAUAAAAUGUGGAUAAUCUUUACCUCAUACAGUUGUUAGGGAUUUAACAGCGAUAACCUAUGUCAAUAGGACAGCAUAGGGUAUUAAAAGGUCUUCAAUGAAUAACCGGGAGAGAGUGUAAAGGCCAAUGGUAAGCCCAGCAGGGAAGAAAAGACUUGUAGACAAACACUAAAAAUAAACGCGGAAGAUCUGACACACCAGUGCCACUACAAACGUGUUUAAAAGGUGCUACGGGUAUCCAAGGGAAAGAAGGAUGGGUCACACUAGCUGGGAUGCGGGAAGGCGUUUAGGGAAAUUCGGGAGUGCUGAAGGAACCGCCACCCGCCCUCACCCCUCGCACACUCCACUUCUCGACCCCUAUGGUCGGCUCCGGCCGGGUACGGCCACUCGCUGCAGCCCCGCGCGCUGUCAGGCCGCUUCCCGCGGCUCCCACCCGGACAGGAGGAGCCCAGCACUCCGCCCGGCCCGGGCACCUGGAGCGAGCCGGAGCCCCGGCACUCGCCCCGCUGACCCGCGCCACCUCGGCCGCUCGAACCGGCGCCCACUCACCCCGAAUUCCGCGCCGGGAUUAAGCGGACGCAGGUAGGGGUAGGGGAGAAGAACUCCACGCUCCCGGCCUCAGACCACCCACUCGGAGCACCCACCGCCACCCCCAGCAUUCCGACCCGCCCCCACCCGGCCCGCAGGGGAAUCCAGCGGGUGCCGUUCGCGCGCUCGCGCAUCGAUUGGCGCUGCCUUGCUCCCCGGCUCCCGUCGCGGGGAGCCCGGCCCCGAAACUCGGCAGGUCCGGCGGAGCGCGGGGCGGGAACCAAGGCAGGCGGACCAGGGGACUGCCGAUCGCACGGAUGAGCGCCGUGCCGGCUCGCGCGCUGUCUGGCGGCUGGUGGCGCCGGGGGGCUGGUGCGGCGCGGGGCCCGAGUCCGCUUCCGCCGCCCCCUCGCCUCGCGCCCGCACGCGCGUGGCCUGCGCUGCCCCGGGAGAGCGCCCCGGGUGGGAGCUAGCGAGCUGCCGAGGGCGGGCCGCAGGGAGGGCGCGCGGGCGGCGGCGGCCCCUCCCGUGCCCCCGUCCCCCCCACGCCGCCGCCGCGGAGAGCGCAGGGAGCCGCCGGGGGCUCGGCGGCGGCGUCUGGCCCCAGCUCCUCCUCCUGCUCCUCCAUCUCGCUCCCUGCAUCUGCCGUGGUUAUGGCCCGUUGCUGGAGCACAAAAGAGUCCCCGCGGUGGAGGUCUGCGUUGGUCUGCCUUUUCCUCGUCGGGGUGUACGGAAAUGGUGCUCUUGCAGAACGUUCUGAAAAUGUGCAUAUUUCAGGAGUGUCAACUGCUUGUGGAGAGACUCCAGAACAGAUUCGAGCACCAAGUGGUGUAAUCACGAGCCCAGGCUGGCCUUCUGAAUAUCCUGCCAAAAUCAACUGUAGCUGGUUCAUAAGGGCAAACCCAGGGGAAAUCAUAACUAUAAGUUUUCAGGAUUUUGAUAUUCAAGGAUCCAGAAGAUGCAGUUUGGACUGGUUGACAAUAGAAACAUACAAGAAUAUUGAAAGUUACAGAGCUUGCGGUUCCACAAUUCCACCACCAUAUAUUUCUUCACAAGACCACAUCUGGAUCAGGUUCCAUUCUGAUGACAGUAUCUCCAGAAAGGGUUUCAGACUGGCAUAUUUUUCAGGGAAAUCGGAGCAGCCAAGCUGUGCCUGUGAUCAGUUCCGUUGUGGUAAUGGGAAGUGUAUACCAGAAACCUGGAAGUGUAAUAGCAUGGAUGAGUGUGGGGAUGGUUCUGAUGAAGAGAUCUGUGCCCAAGAAGCCAAUCCUCCAACAUCUGCUGCUUUUCAACCGUGUGCUUACAACCAGUUCCAGUGUCUGUCUCGGUUUACCAAAGUAUACACUUGCCUCCCUGAAUCUUUAAAAUGUGAUGGUAACAUUGACUGCCUCGACCUAGGAGAUGAGAUAGACUGUGAUGUGCCAACCUGUGGGCAGUGGUUAAAAUAUUUCUAUGGUACUUUUAAUUCUCCCAAUUAUCCAGACUUCUAUCCUCCUGGAAGUAAUUGCACCUGGUUAAUAGACACUGGUGAUCACCGUAAAGUCAUUUUACGCUUCACUGAUUUCAAACUUGAUGGUACUGGUUAUGGUGAUUAUGUCAAAAUAUAUGAUGGCUUAGAGGAGAACCCACACAAGCUUCUGCGUGUAUUAACUGCUUUUGAUUCUCAUGCUCCUCUUACAGUUGUUUCCUCUUCUGGACAGAUUAGGGUACAUUUUUGUGCCGAUAAAGUGAACGCUGCAAGGGGAUUUAAUGCUACUUACCAAGUAGAUGGCUUCUGUUUGCCAUGGGAAAUACCCUGUGGAGGAAACUGGGGGUGCUAUACUGAGCAACAGCGUUGCGAUGGGUACUGGCAUUGUCCAAAUGGAAGGGAUGAAAUCAACUGUACCAUGUGUCAAAAGGAAGAAUUUCCGUGUUCCCGAAAUGGUGUCUGUUAUCCCCGUUCUGAUCGCUGCAACUAUCAGAAUCAUUGCCCAAAUGGCUCAGAUGAAAAAAACUGCUUUUUUUGCCAGCCAGGAAAUUUUCACUGUAAGAAUAAUCGUUGUGUGUUUGAAAGCUGGGUGUGUGAUUCCCAGGAUGACUGCGGUGAUGGCAGCGAUGAAGAGAAUUGCCCAGUAAUUGUGCCCACCAGAGUCAUAACUGCAGCUGUCAUAGGGAGCCUGAUCUGUGGCCUGUUACUGGUCAUUGCGCUGGGAUGUACCUGCAAGCUUUAUUCUCUGAGAAUGUUUGAACGAAGAUCAUUUGAAACGCAGUUGUCAAGGGUGGAAGCAGAAUUGUUAAGAAGAGAAGCUCCCCCUUCUUACGGACAAUUGAUUGCUCAGGGUUUAAUUCCACCAGUUGAAGAUUUUCCUGUUUGUUCACCUAAUCAGGCUUCUGUUUUGGAAAACCUGAGGCUGGCUGUAAGAUCUCAGCUUGGAUUUACUUCAAUCAGGCUUCCUAUGGCAGGCAGAUCUAGCAACAUUUGGAAUCGGAUUUUUAAUUUUGCAAGAUCACGUCAUUCAGGGUCACUGGCUUUGGUCUCAGCAGAUGGAGAUGAGGUUGUCCCUAGUCAGAGUACCAGCAGAGAUCCUGAAAGAAGUCACACUCACAGAAGCUUUUUUUCCGUGGAGUCCGAUGACACAGACACAGAAAAUGAGAGGAGAGAUACAGCAGGAGCAUCUGGUGGGGUUGCAGCUCCUUUGCCCCAAAAAGUCCCUCCCACAAUGGCAGUAGAAGCCACAGUGGGAGCAAGUGGAAGUUCCUCGACUCAGAGUACCCGAGGUGGUCACACAGAUCAUGGAAGGGAUGCGACAAGUGUGGAGCCCCCAAGUGUGAGCCCAGCACGUCACCAGCUCACAAGUGCACUAAGUCGCGUGACUCAGGGGCUGCGUUGGGUACGUUUUACAUUAGGGCGGUCAAGCUCUGUAAACCAGAACCAGAGUCCUUUGAGACAGCUUGAUAAUGGGGUAAGUGGUAGAGAAGAAGAUGAUGAUGUGGAAAUGUUAAUUCCAGUUUCUGAUGGAGCUUCAGACUUUGAUGUGAAUGACUGCUCCAGACCUCUUCUUGAUCUUGCCUCAGAUCAAGGACAAGAGUUCAGACAGCCGCACAGCGCAACAAACCCUGGCGUAAGGCCGAGUAACCGAGACGGCCCCUGUGAGCGCUGUGGGAUUGUCCACACUGCCCAGAUUCCGGACACUUGCUUAGAAGCAACACUGAAAAAUGAAACAAGCGAUGAUGAGGCUUUGUUACUCUGUUAGGUACGAAUCACAUAAGGGAGGUUGUGUACAAGUUGGAGCAAUAUUCAUUCAUUGUUUUGUUACUUUAUAAUUACACUAUAUUUAAUUUAAAAACAAAACAGAUGCAGGGUGAUUUCUUAUUAUUAUAUGUCAGCCUGCAUGGUUAAAUUAAACAACUUGUAACUCUACGAACUUUAGAGUUUACUGUUUUCGCAGCUGGAAAUGCAUUAUGUAUUCAUAUUGUUCAUCAAUGUUCUUCCAUUCAUUUCUAAUUGUUUUUAUCCUAGUACUGUAGUUCACAGUAGAAGUGUGGCUGCUGAAACUCAUUUGACGGUCCAUAUAUCUUCCCUAUGUUACAUUUGUCUGUACAAAAUCAUAUCUGCUUUUAAUUGACCUGUUUAUGUUUUUGUCAGUACAUCUUGUAACUUGAUAUAUUAGAUGUUAAGGUUGUUAGUAUACAAAAAAAAAGCCCCUUAUAUUCCUCCCAUGUUUUUAUUUGUGUAUAACAUUUGUCUACUUAUUACUGGAUUUCAUCAUAAUAUGAGCUUGUCAAAGGGAAAAACCUUUGUCUAAAAAUUUUUCUCUUAUGUUCAACCUUCAGUGGUAUGAAAUUUAGAGUUAGAUAAAUUAAUGGCAAAAACAGAACUCUUUUAUAGAUUUUCUAAUGUUGACUUUAAUACUCUAAUAUGCUACCAACCAAAUGGUAAAAUCCCAAGUCAUUUCUUUUUUCAUCUCUAUUUAGGGACAGAAUUAAACAGAUGAAGAUAUUCUACUAUGCAUUAAAUCUUGAACUUUAUAAAAUAUGUACAAAAAUUGUACAAGAUAAGUUCCAACUGGUAAUGUCUUUCCCUGAUAUAGGGUUAUGCUUGUAUUGGACCCUAGGGAUUUGCACUAAAAUCAUAUCAAGGUCUCAGAUGAGUUUAGUGCACAAGCACUAUCACUUUCAAUACAAUUAUUUGCUAUCACAAUGACUAUAUAUUUCCAUAGCUUUCUUUUGGGGUUGGGGGCAUUUUUAUUACAACUUGAAAUUGCUUUGCUAGUUUCAUAUUUAUUUGUUGUAUUUAAAGACUGCAUUAUUGUAAGGAUGUGUUUUUUUCAAUAUAUAUUUUACUAAUGGGGGGAUCAUGCUACAUGUUGAAAAGCAAAUUAAGAAAUCAUUCGGAUCACCCCCCCUUUUUAAGUAGAGUGAAUUGCAAAACCCCACAUAUUUUUUUAAUUGUCAAUUCCUAUUUAUUUAUUCUUUAACUGUUUUAUUAGCUUAAUGAUUGAGUAUGAAAAAUGUAUUUGUGUGUGAUUAUCGCUAUUUAUUAAAUUUUAAAUAUUUUGCUGAAUGUCAUUUUAAAGCAUGUUUGAGGUCUUGUGUAUUUGUCCUGUUAUGCUGUCAGGAAGAACUGACAAAUGUUUUAAUAUGUAUCAGAAUUAAAAUGACUUUUUUUGUAUUGCCUUGAGGUACUCCUUAAAUCAGAGUUGCUCUUGUUUUUUUUGUAUUUUGGUACAUAUACAAAUUUAGGCCAUAAGAUAUGUAAUCUGUGUAGAAGAAAAAUUAAAGGGGAGCUAUUAUUAACUACUUUGUAGUAAAGUAGUAACUUAUACCAGUACUUGAGGGUAAAAAUCGCUAAGGACCUGAAUAUUAUUUUGCCUUUGAGAAAACUGCCUCUUAAUUGAUGUACCUUAUAAAUUGCAGUAGCUUAAUCAAUUCUCUUUUUAUAUUAUUUUCAGAUAAGUUUCAGACCCCUUUACUGGGCAGAAUUUGUGUUAACCAAAUUAACCUUGCUUAGGUCCUCCUAAUAAUAUACUGCAGUAUAUAGGUAUUUCGGUUUUGUUUCUGGCAUAUGUUUUUAUUUCUUUUUUAAAUUAACGUCUUCCUGGGUGAAACAGCAAAAAGUAAGCUCUGUCCUAUCCCUGGCACUCAUUUUUUAGUUCCCUUUCAAAGAGACAGAUACUAAUAUCAGAUCUUUGUAUGCCCCUCCAUGAAUCUAUCCAUAUGCAUAAAUGCCAAAUAUUGUAAUGCAAAUUAUACUAUGCAUACUUUUUCUGCACCUUUUUUUAAAGGGAAAAAAGUAUUAGUUUGACUAUUAAAAGUAAAGUUGGGCAUUUCUGUUUUUUGUUUUUUCACGUUUAAAUCAUUUAAGUUGAAGGCUCCACUUUUUUCUCUCAGGUAACUUUAUCCUGAAGCUGUUUAUUAAAUAAUCCAACCUUUCCUUACUGUUUGAAAUGACCUUUUUAUUAUAUAGUAAAUUUCCAUGUUACUUGGAUAUGGUUCUAGAUUCUAAGACCUAUUCAAUUGAUCGACAUUUCUUUUUUGUACCAGUCCUAAACUAUUUCAAUAACUGUGAUUUUUAAAUAUUUCAAAUGUUUUUACUUUUCCACUUGAACUUAAGAAUCGACCACAAAACAAAUCCAACUUUUUUUUUAAGUUUUAAUUUUAUAGAUUAAUUUGACAUAAUCAUGAAAUGGUGCCCAUUUGUUCAAGUCUUUCUUUUAUUGCUGUUUCCUUCAUAUAUUUCACAUUUUGCUCACAGAGAUCUUGUACAUUUUACAAAAGUUUAUUCUUAGGAAUUUGAUUGUUUUGUUACCAUUAUUAGGAAGUCCUUUCUGUUUAUAACUUAGUUUAAUUAUAGUAUGUAUGAAGCCUAACGAUCUUUCUAUGUUAAUUUUCUACUCAGCUACCAGACUCCUGAUCCCUGGUUUUUAAUAUUAUUUCCGUUCAGUCUUUUGUGUUUUCCACUGACACAGUUAUGUCUUCCAAUUUGCAUACCUCUUUACAUCAUUGUCUGGUACAUCGAGAAUAAUGUUAAAUAUGUUGGCUAUAAUGAAUUGUAUUGAGAUAGAGACAUUUAAUCAUGUCAAGGAAUAUGCAUUGAUCCCUAUUAAGAAAAUUUUAAUCAAGAUUGCAUAUUGAUUUUAUCACAUGCCUUUUCACUAUGGAGAUGAUCAUAUGAUUUUUUCUCCUUUGAUCUUUUAAUAUGAAUUUUAUUAAUAUAUUUUAUAAUUUUGAACCAUCCUCCAUUCUUGAAAUAAACUCUACUUGGCCAUG